AUGUCUUCGUUAUUACGUGAAGUAACAAAGGAGUUUAUUAUAGCGAUUCAGGAAUUGGUUGAAUGUCUGAAGGAUCUGGAGCAAAUCUGUCCCUCACCAGAGGACUAUCGUCAACUCUGCGCUUUACUCACACUCCCGAAACUGUCCGAGCACGCCGACUUCAAGAAUUGGAAUCCUUCAUCGGCCAGAGUGGAAUGCUUUCAUAAAAUCCAAGCUCUCGUUAUUCAUCUGCUGCCAACUACUGGAAAGGAUAAAGACCGGCAGGGAGAGCAUCAUGCAACUCAUGAUCGCUUGAUUUCUCUUAUCGCGAAAGGAGUUUUCUACGAAGGCUGCGUGGACUACUGUCAAGCACAAGCUGUCGGAGAAAUUAAAGGUAUUGAGAACGGUCCUCAUCCAACUGAUAUCCUGUCGAAUCGGCCUCGGCUAUCAUCAACUGACCUUUCGCUGAUAUCAUGGCUGGAAAUGGUAGGCCGAGAGCAGUUCGCAAUGCCUUUCCAGCAAAAACAACUCGAUCUCCGCAUCGAACAUCUCAAAAAGCCGAAACUGGAAGCCCAAUGGACGGAGACGAUCCUGGCGACACCGGUGAGACCGGGUGGAGAGUUCCCGCACUCGCUCGUACCGAAGUCCAAGUUGAAAUUCGCUGAGAAGAUGAGUCAGUCGAUGACUAUGUUGCCGCUGAACACCAGCAUGAUCACUAGUGGGUAUUUCCGUUAUAGUACGUUCCCUACCGUCAGUCGCCCUCCAGCGAUGUCCCAGUCGACGGCCGCCGGAUUCUGUCUGGGCAUUCGCGACGCGGGCAGUGAGGCGAUGGCACAAAGUCAGAUGAUCGACAACCUGAUGGAGCAAAGCCAGAUGACCAAGAGUAGUCGCCCGGACAGAUAUCGCCAGUCCUCAAUGACAAGGUUUUCUUCUUUUCCUUGGAUAAUUUCAUGA